CUCACAAACGUUAGGGGAGGAGUGUGCCCUAUGGACGAGGACGCCCCCGCACUGAGCCAUACGGUCAUCGAAGCUCAGCGCCGACACGCGCUUAAACUUCGCUUACGGAAAGAAUGCUUGGCGUUCAACAUCGAUGUCGAGCACCUUUUUGAUACACCAGAACGGUCGCAGACAGCCAAGGACCUCGUGCCGCCCGAAGUGUUCUACAAGACGUUGGCAUUACAUGGGAUCCGAUUCAACGACGACGACAAAACGCUCCUCCUUCACUUUGCCUCUCCGUCGGGGUUGCUCUCCCUGCAAUCGUUCCUUCACUUUUUGGACCUUCAGCGUCCCUCGGACCACGUCGAUCCAGACCUGACCUUUGCCUUGUUGCCGCAGCCAUUCCGCAUGCUGAACAAGAUCCUCGACGACGAUAUUCUUGACAGAGCGUGGUCCGCAAUCACGUCGUCCAUGACGUACAAGUUGCAGCAAGGCCAAUUGAAUGCCGAUUUGCAGGAGAAGGAAGCCAAGGCCCUGCUCUGCCCUCCAAGUUCUGCCGUGGUGAUUGCCGUAACCAUCCCGUCAUUGGAUUGGCCAAUUCGAGUCAGCGGCGACAGGGACCUGAUUGGAGUACUGCACGACAAUUCUACUUUGGAGCUUCUACAAGCAAACGGGGAGCAGACAAUGCCCCCCACUACCCCCCUCUUCUCGUCCCCCCGCCUCCAAGUUCAAUGCCUUUCGGAAUUCAAACCCAUGCGUCUUGGGCAAGUCAAGCGAACGUUUUUCGCUAUUUGUGCGCGCAAGCUCCCCAAACCAUCGCCGCCUCCUCCCGUCGAAGGGGCUCCAGUCCAAGCGGUCGUGGACGUGCCCGACCCCGUCGCAGACUCCCUCGAGAGUUUGGUGCAUGUGUAUGCCACCAAUAGCACCGCCACCAGUCUUCGCUACACGUUUUCAACCAUGGACCGUGUCGUUGGCCUCACCUUGGCAGACGACGUGUUGUUUCUGGCCGUGCAUUUCGAGUCGGGUGCCGUGGACGUGUAUCGCACUCCGAAUUUGGCCUCCGACCUUGCGAGUGAGAGCGUCGCGGCGCUCGAUGCGACCAGCUUGGUAUUGCACGUGGACCCUUCGUCGUAUCGCAUCCAAGCCCCCAACAAAGGGUUCGCGUCGGACGCAGCGGCGACGGCGGCGGCGGUCACGGCCACUCCGGCUGCAACGAAGGGCGACAAGCACAAGGAUAAGGGCAAAGGCAACAAGGACCUCGUCGUGGAAGAUGUUGCGUUGGCGAUUGCCCCUCCUGCUGUCUACUCUGCUUACCUUUUCGUAGCCUUUCUCAUGGACCUUUGGCCACAACCUUCGACGACACCCACCACUACUGGAAUCGUGCUGGCCAGUCAGUACAAAAUGCUGCAGUUUCAGCUCUCGCCAGCUCCUCCUUCCAUGUGUGCAUCUACUACAGUCAUUCUCUCUUCGAACGUGAUGUGUGCUGCAUUGGACGCCAGUGCCACCCUUGUUGUCCUUGGGCUCGAGAGCGGCAGUGUUAUAGCGUGGAAUACUCGCUUGCACGUGGAACUGUCAGGCUUGGGUUGCCAUAGCACUCCAGUAAUGGCCUUGUCACUGUUUAAAGCCGACUGCCUCAUUAGUUUGUCAAAAGGCAACGAAGUGCAUUUUUACUCCCUCGCGACUUCCCCCACCACUAGUUUUGAGUCUAUACGUGAAGUCAAGUCGUUGGUUCGAGUUCGUACUGGAGAGCUGGGCACCCCCCCCUACGUUUCAGUCGCCACCGCCGCCGACGUUCCUCUUACCAUCCUUGGCCAAGCGGACGGCACCGUCACCGUGCUAGACGCCCGCAACGGCGACAUUUUGGGGAGUUUAAGCUUGGACGGUCGCCUUCCCAUCGUGGACGCUCCUAUGUCGGCACUCAGUUUUGUCGUGGGGGACGCUGUGUACAUGCCAACCUCUGCCACCGAAGGCAACCAGAGCCUACGGUCCAUUCAUUUGAACAUGUACUCGUCCACGUCCAUCUUGCAAACGUGUUUUGCCAAAAGCGCGUUGAGUGCGCCCAGCGUCUUCUUGGACAGAUAUACGCCAGCUGCCAUCGCCCUAUCGCCGCCAACUCUUCCAUCUGCGACGACGUCGACACGACCCUCCAAGCCGUUGCCGUCCCCCCCUCCGUCCUCCGGCCCUCCUCCAUCGUCAACCCACGUCGCUCGGAUCCGUCGGCCAUCGGUCAUUGGCGGCUCGUCGUCGUUGCUGCUUCGAGGGGCCUCGACCUCCACUUGUACUGGUGCGACCAUCUCCCCCGUCAGCUGCAGUUUGAACCUCCCGACGCCGCCGGCGAUCAAGGGCCUCCACGCGAUCUACAUGCGCAUGCUGCAAAAGCACGAAGCGGUCGCCAUCGAACGCGAUGCCCGGAUGGCGAAGCGGCGCGCCGACGUGUUGAAGUCGCUCAACUCAAUAUGGUGACAAUACCCCAAGUAUUGUACACACAGCAAUUUCUGUUUGAACCCCCACAUACUAUGUGUGUGCUAGCUACUGUACUACCGUAACUCGAUAUUAUCUUUGUUUUUG